AUGCAGCGCGUUGGCGGAUUCCUCUGCACCGACCUGGAGAGCAGCCUGCAGGGCUUCAAGGAGGGGGCGGGGAAACACAUGGUGGUCCUGGACCUCCGCGUCGACGCGGACGACGCCAGCAAGAUCAUUGCCCAGCGCUCGUUCCUGAAGCUGGGGGAGGGGAGCUCGGUGCAGGUGUUGAAGCAGAUAGUACAGUGCGGGCCGGUGGUUCGAAACUUCGAGGCGCUCUACGGCACGCUGCCGCAUCCCCAGACGGGGCUGCGCCCAAGCGCCAGCUUGAACCCCGCAGGCCCGCGGGGCGGGGACGGUGGCGGCGACUGCGUCAUCUGCCUGUCGAAGCCCAAGCAGGUCGCCAUCCUGCACUGCAGGCACGUCUGUCUGUGCAGAGACUGCGCCAAAAUAACCUCGUCGACAUGGUCUUUCCAGUGUCCUGUGUGCCGGGGCCGCGUGGCUGCGAUGGUCGGCGUCGACAGCGCCAGUGGCCCCGACGGCAACUGA